AUCCGUACCAUGUAUCUGGGCAUUCAGAGCCGGAGGCAGAAAGAGCACCAGCGACGCUUCUACUGGGCCAUGAUGUAUGAAUAUGCAGAUGUCAACAUGCUGCGCCUCCUGGAGACCUUCCUGGAGAGCGCACCCCAACUGGUGCUACAGCUCUGCAUAAUGAUCCAAAAGAACCGGGCCGAGACACUACAGUGUGUCUCGUCUGUGGCCUCUCUUCUUUCCCUGGCCUGGGUGCUGGCGUCUUACCACAAACUCUUGAGAGACUCAAGAGACGACAAGAAAAGCAUGAGCUACCGGGGUGCGCUGAUUCACAUUUUCUGGCGGCUCUUCACCAUCUCUUCCCGGGUGCUGUCCUUUGCCCUUUUUGCCUCCAUCUUCCAGCUCUACUUCGGUAUCUUCGUGGUGGUCCACUGGUGUGCCAUGGCCUUUUGGAUCAUCCACGGGGGAACCGACUUCUGCAUGUCCAAGUGGGAAGAGGUGCUUUUCAACAUGGUGGUGGGCAUUGUCUACAUCUUCUGCUGGUUCAACGUCAAGGAAGGCAGGACCCGAUACCGCAUGGUGGCUUACUAUGCGGUGGUGCUUACCGAGAACGCCCUCUUGACGAUCCUGUGGUAUUUCUACAGGGACCCCGCCACCACUGACUCCUAUGCCGUCCCCGCUCUCUGCGGAGUGUUCCUCAGCUUCGCCUCAGGGGUGGUGUGUAUCUUCCUCUACUAUGGUGUGCUGCACCCCAUGGGUCCCCGGGUCCGGAUCCUAGCGAGCUCCUGCUGCGCUGAGCUGCUGUGGGGGCUGCCUCUGCCUCCUGAAGCUGAGCCCAUGGCCCCCACCCCAGGGCCCAGAGGAUCUCAGGCCACCCCUACCCGGGGCUCCACUGGAGACCAACAGCAGGAGCAAGAGGACCUGACUGCCGACACUUGCCUGCCCGUUUUCCAGGUGAGACCGACAGUGCCAACCACCCCCAUGGGAAGACCUUAUCACCCCGAAGGUCCUCUCAUCAAGAUCGAUAUGCCAAGGAAGCGCUAUCCAGCCUGGGAUGCCCACUUUGUGGACCGCCGACUGAGGAGGACUAUCAACAUCCUGCAGUACAUUACCCCCACAGCAGUAGGGAUCAGGUACAGGGACGGGCCCUUGCUCUAUGAGCUUCUACAGUAUGAGUCUUCCCUUUGAAGGCUCUCUUCUUCUCUCUCUUUAUUUCUGUCCUAUUCUCUCUUUCCGUCUCUCAUCGUCUAUCUCUUGGGUUUGUAAUUUCUAUGGGAUCUUUUGUUUGUUUGUUUUGCAUAGUUGUUUGUUUUCCCCCUAGUUCUUAAUACAGAAGAAAGAGUUCCUAAAUGUGUGUGUUGAGUCAUCAAAAGUCUCACAUGGCAACCGGGAAUACAAAAAUGAUGCACUACAAAAAGCAUACAAAAACUUAACUGUGAAAACAUCCCAACCAAUUUAAAAAAAAUUGCAGACAAGCUUUCUUUUUUCUGGCUACUCUAUAGAUAUUUUGUAUGUACAGGAAAAAAAAUACAUUUCUAUACAGGAGGUAUUUUAAAGCAUCACCAUAUGUUGCAGAGCGGUUUCUGCACACCCUGAUAUUUUAUCUACUAAUGUAGCAGCCACAAAGCAUCUUGGGAAUGAUGAAGACUGAAAAGCAGCAACCUUGUUCUACACCUCAGUAACAUGCAGUUUUUACCCCCACCCCCUCUUAUUUUUUUACAAUGCACAUUACACAGUGUUUUACCUGUUUUAAAAAACAGGAUUUAUAAAAUCCUGCCAAAAAUGACAAUGAAGCAGAUUUGUUGGCAAGCUGAUCCACUCUGAGCGUUAAGGAAGCACAGGUUUACACUUUAGUUUUUUUAUAUGGCGCAUUGUUUAUAUUCUGUCAUAGCAGGUGGUAACAAACUCUUGUUCCACGUUCCAAAAGGGAACAAGAGCAAAGUCUUGCACACAAAAUAUUUGUCUGAAGCCUUAACCUGAUGAUAUUUAUUAAGCCCAUUUUUCUGCAGUCUUUCAUGUAGAGGAAGCCCUCUGCUCUUUCUCUUUCUCCUGCCUAAAAUUUUAGCUUCACUUUUGAUUACCUAGAUUUCCUACUGAUGUCACAGUAGGUAGUAAUUCAUCGAAAGAAUCACCAAAGCUAACAAGAUUGGUGCUAACAGCAUUAUAAUGGCAUUAAAUGUCAAACAUGUUUCUUAUUGCCUUAAAUAAAGUCUCUUGCCAUUAACAAACUGUCACAAUUGGGUUCAGUAGUACCUUGAAAUUUCAAGGGUUGCCAUAAAAAUCACU